AUAUGGCUUCACAGUUGGAGACUGUUGCCCAACUGCUGCAGGCUACUUUGGAUCCUAGGCAACACAAGUUGGCUGAAGCCGCGCUCAAGACCGAAGAGGCAAAACCUGGAUUUUCUCUCCUUCUACUCAACCUUAUCGCAUCCGAAGCUCUGCCUCUUACCACGCGCCUCUCCGGAGCGCUGUGCUUCAAAAACUUCAUUAAGUUCAACUGGGUGGACGAGGAGGGGAACUAUAAAUUGCCACAGGAUGAAGUUGUGACCAUCAAAAAGGAACUGAUAGGUCUCAUGAUCUCAGUUCCUGCCAGCAUUCAAUCACAACUAGGGGAAACAAUCAGCGUCAUCGCCGACUCUGACUUUUGGACUCGCUGGGAUACGCUGGUAGAUGAUUUGGUGUCACGUCUGAGUCCAGACAAUGCCAAGGUCAACAUCGGGGUAUUGGAAGUCGCACAUUCUAUCUUCAAGCGUUGGAGACCACUCUUUGCCUCUGAUGAUCUAUACAUAGAGAUCAACCACGUCUUGGGGAAAUUCGGACAAGCAUACGUGCAGUUACUUGGAAGCACUGAUCAACAGAUCGAAGCGAACAAGAGCAAUAAAGAGGUCUUGAAGCAACAUGUUGAGGUGAUGAACCUUCUCGUCAAGAUAUUUUACGAUCUGUCGUGUCAGGAUCUCCCUCCUAUUUUCGAAGAUAAUCUUGCCGAAGUCACAUCGUUGCUGCACAAAUACCUCACAUACGAAAAUCCUCUGUUAGCCACUGACGAUGACUCGGAAUCUGGACCUCUGGAAUUUGUUAAGGCUGGAAUUUGCGAGGUCAUAACACUUUACAUGCAGAAAUACGAAGACGCUUUCGGAGAGCUUUGCAAGCCAUUCAUCACUAGCACGUGGAAUUUACUUACGACAAUUGGACCAGAGACGAAAUACGACAUAUUGGUCAGCAAGGCUUUGCAUUUCUUGACUGCUGUUGCAAGUCAGGAUAAGCACGCCGUGACUUUCAAUGAUGAUAGCGUCCUGGGACAGGUGGUUGAGAAGGUUAUACUGCCAAAUGUUAGCUUGAGAGAAUCGGACAUUGAGCAAUUCGAGGAUGAACCUAUUGAGUACAUCCGCCGAGAUCUGGAAGGAUCAGACGCAGACACUCGACGGAGAGCAGCAACGGAUUUCCUACGGAGACUCCUGGAAAAGUUCGAGCAGCUGGUGACGGAUGUCGUUGGCCGGUACAUCACGCACUACCUUGCAACAUUUACACAGAACCCUGGUUCGGAAUGGAAGUCGAAAGAUACUGCAGUAUACUUGUUUUCAGCAAUUGCGGCCAAGGGGGUCAUCACAGCCACUCACGGUGUAAAGACAACCAACCCGUUGGUCAGUGUAGUCGAUUUCUUCCAGAACAAUAUUGCAAGUGACUUGCUUGCGGAUACAGGAGUGGAGCCUAUUUUGAAGGUGGACGCUAUCAAGUUCCUCUAUACCUUCCGAAGUCUGUUGACUAAAGAACAAUGGAGUGCUGCUUUCCCGCCCCUGGUAAAGAAUUUGGCAUCAUCAAACUAUGUGGUUUACACUUAUGCUGCAAUUGCUGUGGAGCGAGUCUUAUUCCUCACCAACGAUUCCGGCGUACACAUUCUUGGAAAGGAGGAUGUCGAACCCUUUGCAAAGGAUCUCCUGGAACACCUGUUCCAAUUGAUUGAAAAGGAUUCGGCGCCAGAAAAGAUCCAAGAGAACGAGUUCCUUAUGCGCUGUGUCAUGAGAGUGUUGCUUGUCAUCAAAGAAGGCGUUGUUCCGUUGACAGAUAGCGUUCUCCAACACUUGAUCAAGAUCACUGCCAUCAUCGGCCAAAAUCCAAGCAACCCACGAUUUUACUACUAUCACUUUGAAGCCAUGGGUGCGCUCAUCAGAUACUCCGCUCCCUCCCAACCAGAAAAGCUCGAGAAUGACUUAUAUCCCCCAUUCGCUGCAAUUCUUCAUAAUGAUGUGCAGGAAUUCAUGCCUUACGUCUUCCAGUUGUUUGCAGCACUUCUCGAGGCUCGGCCUCAUGGCCCAUUAUCCGACUUCUACAAAGCCCUGAUUGCCCCAAUCCUCAUGCCGGCGCUUUGGGAAUCAAGAGGAAAUGUACCAGCGCUCUCUAGGCUGCUGUCGUCUAUCAUACCGAGAAGCGCAGCAGAUAUUGUUGCGAACAAUCAAGUAGAGCCAGUUCUAGGAAUCUUCCAGAAGCUUAUGUCCGGCAAAGCGAAGACGGAGCUCUAUUCCUUCGAUAUCUUGGAAGCAGUUAUUACAUCAUGUGAAGUCUCUGCUAUUCAGCAAUAUUUCCCUACCAUCCUCACCAUCAUAUUUACUCGCCUGAAUAAUAACCCACCCGAGAGGUUUAAGCAGCGCUUUGUACGCUUUUACCACCUCAUCUCUUCUCGCGACCAGUCAGGUCUAGGUGCUGAUUUCUUCAUCCGAAAUUCUGAUACCGUUCAAGAUGCCGUCUUUGUCCCAAUCUACCUCACGAUUAUUCUCCCGACAACACAGCAACUGGCUCGACCUCUGGAACGUAAGCUGGCCGUCAUAUCUUUGACCAAAACCCUCACCGACUCGCAAGCCUUUGCGGUGAAGUAUGUCAAAGGUUGGGGAAAGACCUGCGAAGCUUUGCUGAAGCUGCUGGAAAACCCGCCAAUGCCAGUUGCUGCGGAUGACGUGGUUGCCGAGGCCGAUGUGGACGACUUGAGCUUCGGAGUAGGCUUCACCCAGCUAAGCACAUGCAAGAAAGCACCGCGAGACGACUGGCCCGAGGUGACAGAUGUGAAAUCCUGGGUGGGUUCCUAUCUCAAAACCGCAGACGCACGCCACGGAGGGGCAAUUGGAGGAUACGUUAAUGAGCGAUUGUCGCCCGAGGCGAAGAGCGUCUUGGUAUCAUACAUGCAAUAAAGGAAAGGAAAGGAAAUCAGGAAAUCAGGAAAUCAUGAGGUCACAAAUGAUAGAUAUGAGGCGAUGGAAUGAAUGGUCGGAAAAACAAAAAGAAUCCUAUGUGUGUGUGUGUUGUUGUAUAAUUUUAGCGUCAGUUACUACUAGUAGGUCAGUGAGAUGAGCGAAAAAUAGUCGUUCUUCUAUGAUAGAUCUGUUUUGCACUACUGUC